AUGAUUAGCAGCAUCAUCAACCUGCUGAAUACCAUCGUUGGAGCCGGCACGCUUGCCAUGCCCUCCGUCUUGUCGCACAUGGGAAUCAUGCUGGGAGUCCUCCUUAUACUCUGGUCGGGCUUCACCUCCGCGUUUGGCCUCUACCUCCAGUCCCGCUGCGCGCGCUACCUCGACCGGGGAUCAUCCUCAUUCUUCGCUCUGUCCCAGCUGACGUAUCCUAAUGCGUCCGUCAUCUUCGACGCGGCUAUUGCCAUCAAGUGCUUCGGUGUCGGAGUUUCGUACAUGAUCAUCAUUGGCGACCUUAUGCCUGGCGUGGCCUUGGGCUUCAACAGCAAUGCCGAAAAGAUCCCCUACCUGGUCGACCGAAACUUUUGGAUCACUGCCUUUAUGCUCCUGGUUAUUCCCCUGAGUUUCUUGAAGAGGCUCGACUCUCUCAAGUAUACCAGCAUAGUUGCCUUGGUAUCCAUUGGAUAUCUCAUCGUUUUGGUCAUCUAUCACUUCUCCGUCGACCCCCAUGCCGAUCCUAGCAACAUCCGCGUUAUUCAAUGGGCUGGAGCCGUGGAGACGCUCAGUGCCUUGCCGGUGGUCGUCUUCGCCUACACUUGCCACCAAAACAUGUUCUCCAUUCUCAACGAGAUCAAGGACAACACCCCACUCAGCGUCGUCCGCGUUGUCGGAUCUAGUAUUGGAUCCGCAGCGUCCAUCUACGUCUUGGUGGCCAUUACUGGCUACAUCACUUUCGGUAACGACAUCGUUGGAAACAUUGUAUCAAUGUACCCCACUGGAGUCGCCUCCACGAUUGGCAAGGCUGCGAUUGUCAUACUUGUGCUAUUUUCCAUCCCUCUACAGGUCCAUCCUUGCCGUGCCUCUCUUGAUGCCGUCUUCAACUGGCGACCGAACCGGGGGAACACGAGCGGUGGCCGAGCUGGUUCCCCCCUGCUCACUUCAGCACCGGCACAACGGGGUGACCACGGCAGCACUGCGCCAAUGUCCGAUCUUCGUUUUGCGCUCAUUACUACGAUGAUUCUAACCUUUGCAUACAUCACGGCUCUCUCAGUCAGCAGUCUUGACCGCGUCCUUGCCUUUGUUGGGAGCACAGGAUCUACGUCUAUCAGUUUUAUUCUUCCCGGUCUCUUCUACUACAAAAUCAGUGAUCCCGAAAGCAUCCAUCACCAGCGUUUGGCCAAGGAGGACGACGACAUAGACGGCUCUGACGAAUCCGACACUGAGGACUCCGGGAUGCUUGCCCAGAGCAGCCACAGCAUUCGCAGUGCGACCAGCAGCGCGAGCAACCGGAGCCCAACUGCCUGGCGCUCGCGUAGAAAGUGGCGAUGGGACCUGGAGCACGUGGAUCACGGCCUUUUGCGAAAGAUGGCGUUGGCACUAGCGAUCUACGGAAUGAUUGUUAUGGUGGUCUGCCUGAUUAUGAACAUCUUUUUCGCCGUCUCUCAUUAA